UGUUGCUGACAGCGUCGUUCUCUUCUUUCAGGCCGUGAAGCUUACCAGUUCGAGGACGCAGCUACCUUACGAGUAUUACUCCUUGCCCUUCUGCCAUCCGGUCAAUAUCACAUAUAAAUCAGAGAAUCUAGGGGAAGUUCUGCGUGGGGACCGGAUCGUCAACACUCCGUUCCAGGUUUUCAUGAAUAGCAAGAAGAAGUGUGAAGUCUUGUGUGAGGUCACCCUGAAGACGGAAGAGAGCAAGCUGAUGGCGGAGCGGAUCCAGGAGGAAUACUACGUCCACCUCAUUGCUGACAACUUGCCCGUGGCGACGAGGCUGGAGUUCUACUCAAACCACGAGGAAGAAGAGAAGAACAAGGAGAAGGAUGUGCAGUUUGAGCAUGGCUACCGGCUCGGCUUCAUGGACAGCAGUAAGUUCUACCUGCACAACCACCUCUCCUUCAUCCUUUACUACCACAGAGAAGAGACAGAGGAGAACCAGGAGCCCACCUUCCGGGUGGUCCGCUUCGAAGUCAUCCCGCAGAGCAUUAAGAUGGUCCCCUUCCCCACUAUGGUGGCCCUGCUCUGCAUGUGGUUCGGCAUCUCCUUGCCGCUGGUCUACCUGGGCUACUACUUUGGGUUCCGCAAGCAGCCCUACGACAACCCCGUGAGGACCAACCAGAUUCCGAGGCAGAUCCCGGAGCAGAGGUGGUACAUGAACAGAUUUGUCGGGAUCCUGAUGGCCGGCAUCCUGCCAUUUGGAGCCAUGUUCAUCGAGCUCUUCUUCAUCUUCAGCUUGCAGCUGGACAUUGUGGAGUUCAUCCCCUCCUUGCUGUACUUUGGCUACACUGCCCUCAUGGUGCUGUCCUUCUGGCUCCUGACAGGGACCAUUGGCUUCUAUGCAGCCUAUAUGUUCGUCCGCAAGAUUUACGCGGCUGUGAAGAUAGACUGAAAGCGCUGGGGCGCCGUGCAGCACAAGGCGGGCCUUCCUCUCGUUUUCCUCCUGGGAUGGAAGCGAGGGACUCUUCUCUCUUUCCUCUUUCUCCCAAGGAAGCAGGACUCGGUGGGAGCGGGACACCAGAAAUAAAAGAGAAAAACAAAACAGCUCAAUGUUGGGAAUGUAAUCUUUGGCACCGUGUCCUUGGAAAACAGGGGGGAAAUCUCCUGGAGGGAUGUGUAGAUACUUUGCAUUUUAAUUUUUACUCUAUUCUGGUCAUAAGGAACUUUGGAAAGCUCCGAAUCAUCCCUCUCAAUGAGUUUUUAGUUUUCUUUCGUCCUUAUUUUUCUCUCUGUGUGUCAUGGUAACAGCGACAGAUACACUUUUUUGUGAAGCAGGCAUUUAAUUAACGGAGAGGCGUUCUUCGUUUUCUGUGCAGAAUGGCCUUUUGCUGUGCCUGGUCCUCGGAAGACAGUGAAAAUCCUGAAAAUGUUUGCAAAUACUUGGCCAUGACUCCAGGAAGCUCUCUUUUCUCUUCUGCCACUUUGGAGGGAAGUGCCAUUUCGGAAUUGCAAAGCAAGGGCAGUUUCUCAGAGGAAUCCAAACCCUUUGCCUCCUUCUGCUGCUCAAUGCUGGAGAUUUUCAACGAGAGAGGCUUGCCUUGUCUCGGCAAGCUUUGAACGACAAUAAAAAGUGUGAAGUUUGUCAAUUUCCACAAUAACCUGGGUCUACGAGACAGAGAAAUGCUGGAAAAACAUUCCUUAUGAAUCACCUCAAACUAAUCUCCUGGAACUGAGAGGAAGCACCAGACUCUUUAUGUCUGGACAAAACUCGCUACGCUGUUCAUGUGCCAAGCAAAGGAGUCUAGACUGGUAAAUGUAAGAGAAGGAAAGGAGCCGGAGGACUUCUGCGCGGCUGUUGGGCUUUUCAAGAAAGGAUGUCCUUGUUUCUGCAAGUGUUUCUUCCAUCCUCGUCUGCUUCUCAGCAGAACAGUCUCUCAAUCUGCCCCAACGAUAAGGAAAUCGGAGGUAGCUGAGAAGCUUCAAUGCCCUCCUUGACCAUCGCCGCAAAGGACCGAGGACUGACCCAAAGGAACCGUGGCAACCCUUGCCACGCUGUGGUUGCCCUCGCCGUGCGGUGGAGUCCGUCCUGAGCUCAAUUCGAUCCAGAUCUAGGGUAUUCGAGUCAGCCCCCUCCACCUAUAUUCCUUACACUUUUUAAUGUAUUGUUUGAGCCCAACUGUAAAUAAAUACGUUGUUGUCCUGUU